ACGUCACAGCGCUGCGCCGUAACCCUGCUGGAGAGGGUUUAGUAAUUUUGAGAUGAAAUGUGUUCCAACAAUACAUGACAGUGAACGUUUAAUGUCAGUCAUGUGCAUGAAGGUACACUGUUGUUAAUGUGGUGAUGUUUUGUACUGAUAUGAAGCGCUGACGGCAAAUGACGUGACAGUGGUGAGUGCAGCAUUAACUAUUAUUUGAAUACACAAAUGUUAAUUUGCAUAAAGGUAGAUGUUUCAUAUUCUGAAAAAAAAGGCAAAUUGGAGUAACAUAGCAGAUCUGCACCUUCUUUCCACAUAGCUUGUGUCAAUGCAAUUCCCAAAAUAAUGGUGGAAAAAUUCCCAUCAUCCUGCAAAUGAACUGGGCCAUAUGGAUUCAAGUAAAUCAGGAUUAAUCCAGAUGUAGUAAAUACAUUCUGUGUGACAUACCGUACUACUGCAAGAAUGGACGUUUUUUUAAAGAGAAGAGAGAAGAUAUGAGUGAUCCAGAAUGAAAGUGGAAGAUCUCGAGGAAAGGAAAGUCAACAGGAACAUCAGGAAAAUAUUUUAGACUGAAAAGAAACCAAAUAAUGGGAGGGAAAAAUUCAUUCACGUGUCCUCAUUGUGGAAGGAGCUUUGCGCGUAAAGUGCGUCUUGAAGAUCACAUAAGGACUCACACCGGAGAGAAGCCGUUCGUCUGCUCGCAGUGCGGGAAGUGUUUCAGACAGAAAGGAAACCUCAUGGGUCACAUGAGAAUCCACUCGGGAGCGACGCCGUUCCCCUGCCCUCACUGCGGCAAGACCUUCACACAGAAGAGGAGUCUGAAGGAUCACAUGCGGAUCCACACUGGAAAGAGUCCCUACAACUGCCAUCAGUGCAACAAGAGCUUCAUACAGAAAGGAACCCUUAACGCUCACAUGCGGAUUCACACCGGAGAGAGACCGUACGCGUGUCGGGAGUGCGGGAUGAGCUUCACACAACCCGGUAACUUAAAAAGACACGAGAGUAUUCAUUCAGAAGAAGAGCUGCACCAGUGCUCUCAGUGUGGAAAGACUUUCAACCAGGCAGUGAAACUCAAAAAUCACCUGCGAUCUCACACUGGAGAACGGCCGUUCAGCUGCGAACACUGCACUCAGAAGUUUUUUUUGGCCUCACACCUGAAAAAGCACUUAAAAACCCACGCGAACGAGAAGCCUUACUCGUGUACUUUUUGCGGGAAGAGUUUUUUAUGGCUGGACUAUUUUAAAGAGCACCAGAAAAUACACACGGGUGUGAAAGAUCACGUGUGUCCUGAGUGCGGCAAGGCUUUCAUUCGAGCUGGAGAUUUGGAGCGACACCACAGAAUCCAUACCGGAGAGAAACCCUACAAGUGCUCGCACUGUGAGCGGAGCUUCACUCAGCCGGGAACGCUGAAGAAACACAAGCGACUGCACGCCGGAGAGAAGCCGUACCCCUGCGCUUCAUGUCAGGAGAGUUUCAGCACGUCAAAAGACCUGCAGACUCACAGGAACAAGCACUGUCCAAACCCAUGAGCCAAGACUGAAAGAGAGAUUUCACAUGAGAGUCUGAAUAAUCUGUGCUGUUCAACAAAGAUAUUGUCUUUGUUAAUGCCACAAGUUCAUAGGUGCUUUUCUUUUUAUGUUGAGGAGGUGAAAUCAUGUAGAAUUAAAUAACUUUACACAGAUGGCACACCCGUGUUGGGAAGGUUACUUUGGGAAUGUAGUAGGUUACAGUUACUCUGUUUAAAAUGUAAUAAGUAGUGUAACUUUUCAAUUACUUUAUUAAUGUAAUAUCUCAUUUGAUUACUUUUUGAUUUUUUUUGUAAAAUCUUCAACCGUUAAUCAUUUUGAAACAUUUAAAGGACAGAGUUAACCUUACAGUAGCACUCAACACUGAUUACUGUCAGACUCUAAAAAUCCUUCAUCACUUGAAUUAAGAUUAUAAUAAGUAAGGGAUAGCAUACAUAUUUAUUUUAUGAUAACAACUGGCUGGAUGUACAUUAUCCCAUUUAUUACACAGCUGCUUACCACAAAAUGUAAAUAAUUUGACACAAAACACUGAUCUAAGUUGAAAUAAGUACUAGUACUUACAGUACUAGUUUGUUAGUUAUCUUAUAAUCCAUUACAGUGUACAAAACAAAACGGCAGCAGCUGCAUUUGUAUGAACAAUAGAGCAAGUCCACGAUACCAGGAUGACAGAAUUAAGAAAUUGCACACAUAAUAUUGAAUUGAGAUUUAUUAUUUUAUUAGCUAACCAAACACAAAGCUUCCACCAAGAAAAACAAUCAAACGUAUAACGCCGAUUAGUUUUCACCAGUUGUUAUUGGGGAAUAACAUACCUUGUCAUGACUGACCAAUCAGAAUCAAGCAUUCCACAGAGUCGUGUAAUUGUUUAAUUUAAAGCACAGCCACCACAAAUUCAGACUUAACACUUCUUAUUUACUUUGAGAUCAUUCUGAAGUUAAAUACAGAUUUAAAAUCAUAAGAAAUAGUUUAAUAGCUGUGAUACUGGUUUUAAAAUCAAAUGUUUGCAUAGUAAUGAGAGGAAACGCUGGCAUCUAACAGUGCCUUGGAAAAUGACAAUUACUCUUAAAAAAAAUAAAUGAUAUGCAUAAACCCAAAUAGGAAAUAAGACAGUUAUCGAAUAAGUAUGUGUCCUAAACCCCUAAACAUUGGUGUCUCGUUUUAGAGCAGUCAAUGCAAUUCAUGAAAGAAGUCAAUUAAAUCUGUAUGUGGGUGGGUGUGUGAAAAAAUGUAGAUGUACUCCCCCUGUGUAAUCAUUAACAUUUUCAGAAGUAACUGUAAUUAUACAUUUUCUCAGUAACUGUAACUAAUUACAGUUUCAGUUAUUUUGUAAUUAAAAUUACGUAAUUCUGUUACAUGUAAAUGCACCUAAAAUGCUUUGUGAUCAGAUCAUUCAUUGUGGUGUAAAUUCAGUGCUUUUUCAUUGUCAUCAUUCAGCUGUUACCCUGUAAAUAAUCACAAGUGGCACUUUAGGUAACUUAACUCUUGUUUUUCUUGUUGUUUUGCUCUUACAUUGUAAGGAUGACAGCAGACACUGCUCUCCUGCAAUUUACACAACAGAUUAAAUGAUCAAUUUUUAAAUAUUCACCCGAGUUAUUUGAAUUGAUUAAAUCUGGGCAGAGCUUGCUUGUUUGUUUUUAAUAUUUUGGCAAAUGUAAAAGCCUUUUCACACCAAAAGCUUCAGACUUUGAGAAAAGUGAAUUCAUGUCCGUACAGUAGACCGCAGAAGAAAAAAAUGUCAACUCUUCAGCAAUAA